AUGUUAGUGAACAACGUCUCUUUAUUUUGGGGAGGAGCCCGGCGGGACAGUAGAAGUAAAGCCUUGCCUGUUAAUUGAACUGGCCGAGGUCCUGCGGGGAGUGUGGGGUGGGACGUGAAGUCGCAGCUCCUCAGUGACAAGGCCACUAUGUGCUGUACGCAUGCGCUGUUUCUUCAGCGCCAGCUCCGCCCCCGCCGCAGCGAGGCGGGUCGGUUCCGCCCGCGCGCACUACGCCUUGACGCCAGCGUCGCGCGCAGCGCAGUGACGAAAUCGGCUGGUUUAUAUUGGCGCGGCCCAGACGGCAGAGGUCUCUGCAGCGCGGUCCUGGGAGACGCGCGGCGGUGUCCUGUGUUGGCCAUGGCCGACUACCUGAUUAGUGGGGGCACGUCCUACGUGCCAGACGACGGACUCACAGCACAGCAGCUCUUCAACUGCGGAGACGGCCUCACCUACAAUGACUUUCUCAUUCUCCCUGGGUACAUCGACUUCACUGCAGACCAGGUGGACCUGACUUCUGCUCUGACCAAGAAAAUCACUCUUAAGACCCCACUGGUUUCCUCUCCCAUGGACACAGUCACAGAGGCUGGGAUGGCCAUAGCAAUGGCGCUUACAGGCGGUAUUGGCUUCAUCCACCACAACUGUACACCUGAAUUCCAGGCCAAUGAAGUUCGGAAAGUGAAGAAAUACGAACAGGGAUUCAUCACAGACCCUGUGGUCCUCAGCCCCAAGGAUCGCGUGCGGGAUGUUUUUGAGGCCAAGGCCCGGCAUGGUUUCUGCGGUAUCCCAAUCACAGACACAGGCCGGAUGGGGAGCCGCUUGGUGGGCAUCAUCUCCUCCAGGGACAUUGAUUUUCUCAAAGAGGAGGAACAUGACUGUUUCUUGGAAGAGAUAAUGACAAAGAGGGAAGACUUGGUGGUAGCCCCUGCAGGCAUCACACUGAAGGAGGCAAAUGAAAUUCUGCAGCGCAGCAAGAAGGGAAAGUUGCCCAUUGUAAAUGAAGAUGAUGAGCUUGUGGCCAUCAUUGCCCGGACAGACCUGAAGAAGAAUCGGGACUACCCACUAGCCUCCAAAGAUGCCAAGAAACAGCUGCUGUGUGGGGCAGCCAUUGGCACUCAUGAGGAUGACAAGUAUAGGCUGGACUUGCUCGCCCAGGCUGGUGUGGAUGUAGUGGUUUUGGACUCUUCCCAGGGAAAUUCCAUCUUCCAGAUCAAUAUGAUCAAGUACAUCAAAGACAAAUACCCUAAUCUCCAAGUCAUUGGAGGCAAUGUGGUCACUGCUGCCCAGGCCAAGAACCUCAUUGAUGCAGGUGUUGAUGCCCUGCGGGUGGGCAUGGGAAGUGGCUCCAUCUGCAUUACGCAGGAAGUGCUGGCCUGUGGGCGGCCCCAAGCAACAGCAGUGUACAAGGUGUCAGAGUAUGCACGGCGCUUUGGUGUUCCGGUCAUUGCUGAUGGAGGAAUCCAAAAUGUGGGUCAUAUUGCGAAAGCCUUGGCCCUUGGGGCCUCCACAGUCAUGAUGGGCUCUCUCCUGGCUGCCACCACUGAGGCCCCUGGUGAAUACUUCUUUUCCGAUGGGAUCCGGCUAAAGAAAUAUCGCGGUAUGGGUUCUCUCGAUGCCAUGGACAAGCACCUCAGCAGCCAGAACAGAUAUUUCAGUGAAGCUGACAAAAUCAAAGUGGCCCAGGGGGUGUCUGGUGCUGUGCAGGACAAAGGGUCCAUCCACAAAUUUGUCCCUUACCUGAUUGCUGGCAUCCAACACUCAUGCCAGGACAUUGGUGCCAAGAGCUUGACCCAAGUCCGAGCCAUGAUGUACUCUGGGGAGCUUAAGUUUGAGAAGAGAACGUCCUCAGCCCAGGUGGAAGGUGGCGUCCAUAGCCUCCAUUCGUAUGAGAAGCGGCUUUUCUGAAAAGGGAUCCAGCACACCUCCUCGGUUUUUUUUUUCAAUAAAAGUUUAGAAAGAAAAAAGUGAUGCCUGAUCUUUCAACAGACAGGUGGGGCUCUGUAGCUGCCACUACCACAGAUGUACACAAAAACAGCACCCUCAUUUCCAGGGGGAGCCUCAGGCCCCGAGAUAAAUGUGCUCCAUGGACCUGGAAGCGGGUAG